AAAUAAAUAUCCCGAAAUAAUUCUCCGUCUCUCUCUCUCUCUCUUUCUCUCUCGCAGUCACCGCAGGUGGAGAGGGUGGAGGAGACGGGUAGGGGGGGAGGAAGCCGAGGAGGCGACGCGACUAGCUGCUGCUGCUGCUGCUCCUGCUCCACUCCGCCCUAGGUCAGGUAGUGCAAUAAGGGUUUCUCGGGAUGCCUGAGGAAGACCCAGCAUCGGCAAUGGAGGAGACCGCUGUAGCGAAUGGAGGAGCAGCUGAUGAUGUUGCUGCUCCUGAUAAGGACAAUGACAUUAAAGAAAAAGCUGGCAAGGGCAACGAGGUAGCAGUAGAGAAUAAGAAUGCUGAAGAGCAGAAUAAAGGAGGCUCAGAGAAUGGUACCAAGGGUCCAUCUGAUGGAGAUGUUGAGAUGGCGGAGGCUGAGACUGCAAAGGAGAGUGAUGUGAAGCAGUUGGACACUGAGGAUGCGAAAAAGGAUGGUGCGCAGGAUGCAGAUGCAAAUGAAGAAAAGAAUACCAAGGACACAGAAGGUGAAGAUGUCAAGAUGGCUGAGGCUGAGGCCGAGGCAGGAAAUGCCGAUGUCAAGGAUACAGCAGAGAAGGAAGAUAAAGAUGAGAACACCAAUACGGAGAAGCAGGAAUUGAAAGAUGCAAAAGAAAGUGGUUCUGAGAAGCAGGAGGAAUUGAAGGAGCAAGAUAAAAGUGGUUCUGAAAAGCAGGAGGAAUUGAAGGAGCAAGAUAAAAGUGGUUUAGCUGAGUACGAGGAAAAGAAAGCAGAAGAAGAGAGUGGUGCUGAGAAGCAAGGGGAAGAGGAAGCAGAGGAAAAGGGCUCUGCUGAUAAUGACAACGAGGAAGGAGACAAAAAUGCAAAUAUCAGUGAUGAACAUCUGAAAAAAGAUGGUGGAAAGGAUGGAAACAAAGAUGAAGCAGAAGAAGAGGAGGUCAGUGAAGCAGACAAGAAGGUAGAAGAGAAUAAGGAGGAAACACCGAAGAACAAGAAGGCAAGAAGUGCAAGGGAUAGAAGCCAAGGUAAGGAUAAGAAACAGGAUGGGUCCAAAUCCAGGGAAGCGAAGAGCUUACUGAACACCGCCAGCCCUUAUGGUACUGAUCGCCCUCAGCGUGAGAGGAAAACAGUGGAGAGGUUGGUUGAAGUGAUUGAAAAGGAGCCCAACAGGAACUUCGUAGUUGAGAAGGGUCGUGGUACUCCGUUGAAGGAUAUACCAAGUGUGGCGCACAGAAUAUCAAGGAAAAAACCUGCUGAUCUUAAGUUUCUUCACAAUGUUCUUUUUGGCAGGAAAGGCAAGACUGUUGAUUUUAAAGGUCAUAUACUCCAGUUCUCUGGUUUCGUGUGGCAUGAAAGUGAUGAAAAGCAGAGGGCGAAGGCUAAGGAGAAGCUUGACAAAUGUGUGAAAGACAUGUUGUUGGAACUCUGUUGGAUCCUUGCUAUUCCGACUCCAAAAGCAAACAUCAGAAAGGAAGAUAUUGUGGCAAAGCUGUUGGAUUUCAUUGCUGAACCUCAUGCUAUGGCUGAUUCCGGGCAUUCGGAUGAUCAGGGGUCGAAUUCUCGGAAACGCAAGAGAGGAAGCACACCCAAGAGUUCUAGCAAGAAAUUUGAUGAUGAUGACGACAUAACUCCAAGUAAAAAGCGGAAUAAAGCUCUGGAAUAUGAUACUGAUGAAGAUGAGGAUGAUGCGGAUCCCAUGAAGUCAGAUAGUGAGGAAGAUGACUAUGAUUCUGAGAAAGAGAAGGCAAAGAAGAACUCCUCAGAUGCAAAAGAUACCGCUAGUAAAAAGAAGGCUGCAACAGGGAGCAGCCACAAGACAGGUACUCCAAGGACAGUGAGCAAGAGUUCAAGCAAAACACCAUCUUCAAAAGUUUCCAAGGAAAAGGAGAGCCCUGAGGACAGUGCAAAAGUCUUCUCUAGGAAGAAGAAAUCUGUCACACCAAAGCGUCCUUCAAGCUCUGAAAAGGAGAUAAAAGACAAGAAGUCAUCAGGUAAAAAGGUGACAAAGGGUAAAGGAGAAUCAGCAGAAGUAGGUCUACCCAGUAAGGACGAGCUGAGGAAAACCAUAACUGAAAUCCUUAAAAAAGUUGAUUUCAACACGGCUACUUUCAGUGACAUUCUUAAAAAGCUUGAGGAUCGCUACAAGAUUGACCUGACACCACGAAAGUCAGCUAUCAAAAUCAUGAUCCAAGAGGAGCUAACCAGGCUGUCGAAAGAAGACGACGAUGAGGAUGAGGACGAGGAUGGAAAUGAAGACGCUGAGAAGAAAAAACCACAACAUCAAGCCAAGGAGGUGGUGGCCUGAGCUGAGCAUUGGUGAAACCUCGUAGGUUUAGCACCCGCUGUUAAUUAUUAUCCGCUGUUAAUUAUUAUUUUGUACCUGCAUGUAUGCCGAACCUUGUGCUUGCAUCAUGGGCAGCCCCCAUGUUAAUUAUUGUUAAUCCGUGUCCACAGAUAGCCAAAAACCAUAUCCCUGUUUGGUAAUGUCAAAAACAAGGUUCGCUUAGGCAGCCCUACACCUGUAGCUGACUUGGGAGGCAAUUUCUUAGGUAACUGUUGAUGUCCAAAAACUCUGCAAUGGGAUGUGGCAGAGCAUCAUGUAAUGAAUCAUGUUCGUCAUAGGUUUGAAUAACAAGUGGACGUAUUAGGCUGUAA